AUGGCGGCGCAGCUGAUCUCCCCGGAGUCGCACUCGGCCUCGGGGAGGGGGUCCGAGAAGCUGAGCCUCCCCUCGUUGCAGUCCAAGAUGAAGUGCGAUCCAGAGGGGUAUGAGACGGAGCUUAAACUCCUCUACCGCCACUUCGAAUCCUCUCUCCACCUGUUCCGUCAACAGUCCGCCCUCAGCGUCUCAGCUGAUCCCGUCGUCUCCAAGGACCUCGGUGAUAUGUCCAUGUUCCUCGCCCAUGUCACGCCCUUCUACCCCGACCGCCUCGCCGACUUCCCAGGGAAGCUCGCUGACCUUCUCAGCGAGAACGGCCGGUCUCUCAUCCCCUCUCUCCGGAGCCAUCUCACGCAAGCCCUAAUCCUCCUGGUCAAUAGACAGGUAUGCACAUGUCUCAAGCGGGUGGUAGCGUCUCCAUAUUUCCAGGUCUUUUUCAUGGAGUUCGCCAUAAUAAUUAUUUCAUAAAAUUUUAUGUCAGUGUAGAUUGUUGGGGUUGAGGAGACGCUCAGGUUGUUUAUGGAGCUUCAGACCAUGGGCGACAGGAACCUAAGGAAGUUGGCAUUCUCUCAUGUUGUUCAGAGUAUCAGGCGAAUGAACCAGAAACACAAAGAUGAAGCCAAGAACCGAAAGCUCCAGAGCAUUCUUUUCACAAUGUUGCAGGUUUGUUGCUCCCCUGCAAAGUUUCUUUCUCGGGGAACACGAAUACGCUCCUUUGCUUUCGUACCCACUGGGGCAGAUGAUUUUUUCCGCAGGAAGAGGAUGAAUUGAAAGCUAAAAGGGCCCUGGUAGUACUUUGUGAUCUUCAUCGGCGGAAGGUGUGGUUUGAUGACAGGACAGCCAAUGCCAUUUGCACUGCCUGUUUCCAUUCUUCCUCAAAGUGUGUACUUCUAAUUCUUCUUCCUGAUAAAACGUUGGUUUAGUUUUUUUACACUGUUGAAUUGGUUUCCGGUUUCUAAUUGGAUUUGCGAUUAUGGAUAGGGUUUUGGUUUCUGCCCUCUCAUUUGUACUUGGCUACGAGGAAGUUCAAGAAGGGGAUGAUAGUGAUGGGUCUAGCAGUGAGGACGACAUGCCAACUCCACACCCUAUUGUUGUUCUUCGCAGAGAGGAUGUGUACAAGGUGCCUUGCCGUGCUUAUGCAUUUAUGAUUACCAAAUACAAAACCAUAUUCCUGAUUGUUCCCGAUCCUGUAUAUAAUCUGAGAGGGAGAACUGCAUAGUUCCUCACUGCAGGCAAGUUUCAAAAGACACCCAUUGUGCUCAGGAGGAUAAUCCCAUGAAUUAUCAUGAAGGAAAGAAUAUGCUUUAUUUCUUCUCUAUGGGAAACAGGUUAUUUAUUGCACCAUUUACUAAUAAAACAUUAAUUGGUACAUGGAAGCAUGAUUUCUGAAGGAAAAAAUUGACAAAAUAGAGGAAAACGGUAUGAAUAAAGCAUCAUUCACGAUCUCUUUGCUGGGCUUCUAGAAUGAAAUUUUGUUGAAUAUCAAUAAAUCAAAUGGCAUAAUUAGACCGAUAAGAAUGAUGGUCUCACGGAUAGAUGAGGAAUUUUCUUACCUAAGGUUGUUCUUGUUCUUCUCUCUGCGACAAAUAGCUUUAAAAUAGCCAGACGGCUUCCGAAUGGUAGAAAAUUUCAGAUGGGCAUUUGGGGAUUCUCUAUGCCGGUCUCCUUCAUAGAGGUCUCUUUAUUACCACUCACAGUGAGAGAGCAUCAUGGGAGGAGGAGAUAAAGGAGACUACAACUCUUGAGAUAUUUCUUUCAUAGACUUCCUUACUUCUCAUGUUUUAGAUGAAGAUACACUCACACGUGAGUUAUAUAAAAAGGAGCCUCCAUAUAUUACUGGUUAAUUUUCUACCCAAUUGCUUUCCAUGAAUUUCGUCUAUCAAGGAUCAUUUUCAUUCUUUUUUCUUUUAUUUGGCUGUGUAGGCAAACCAGAAAGGAACAUCGGCUAGCAAGAAAAAGAAGAAAGCAAAACUUCAGCGUAUUGUUCGCAGCAUGAAGAGGCAGCAGCGAAGAGCAUCCGGAAAUUGUGGCUUAGGCUCAUAUACACCACUCACACACCUUAAAGAUGCACAGGUAUGCUGGAUUUCAUGCUGCAUUCAUUUUCUUUUUUGUUUUUCCAAUGAUGAUGUGAUUCUGAGAUAUUGGUACGCAUCAUGUCUCAGGGAUAUGCCGAGAAGCUGUUUUCUCGUCUCCAGAAGUGCAAUGAACGUUUUGAGGUAUUUAUUUGAUUUUAAAACCCUCAUGAUUAGUCUCUUUAUGUCUAACCAUGAAAAAAUGGAUAAAUAUUGUAACAACUGAAUCAUUUCUAUGACCAGUUUUGCUAAGUCAUCACUGUUAGGGGGUGGUGGUGACAGAAUUAUUGCCUCAUCGAACUUCAGGGCAGUGGGAAAAUCCCAGGAUCCCAGCUCUGUAUGGGGAUUGCUGGUGAGAAGUAAAUGGUUUUGUGUUUGUGCUGGAGAAUCAUGGCGUGAAGGAAAAACAUUCAACUAGCUAUUGCAUUCUAGUUUUAUUUCCUGACGUUUUGGAUGAAGACAACCUCUGUCUGUGAUACAUUAUAGGUGAACAGGUGCUUCCGUUGUGUUCACAUUCACUAGUAUUCAUUCAAGGGUUGGCUUAAAAGUUCCUGAGACUAUACUUAUAAUGAUUCAUUAUGUUGGACUUUGAAAUACAUUGAAUUAAAGACUAAUUUUAAGUUUAAUUUAGUAUGAGUUAAUGAUCAAGAUAUCCAGAGUCUCUAUUCUACACCAUUUUUUAUUCUUGAUUCAAUGCGUUUCAUUGGUGUCUUCAUCAGAGGAUUCGUCUGCAUUUUAUUAUGAACCUUUACUGUUAUUCCAUUUGACUUCAUGGAAUGCAUCUGGUCAACACGCGUUUACCUGUGGUGGAAGACUUUCUCCACGAAUCCUUCCUCAUCUUACAUGUGAUCCAUCAAUUAACAGCUUUUUGCUUUAGUCACCGUGUGAUUUUUCUUGCAUUGUUUUCCUUUAUUUCAGAUAAAAAUGAUGAUGCUCAAGGUAAUUGCACGGACUGUUGGGCUCCAUCGAUUGAUACUGUUAAACUUUUAUCCUUUUCUUCAAAGAUACGUCCAGGUAUUUUCCAUUAUUUACUUGCGGGAUGGAAAGAUCCCGCAAUCUAUUGUGGUAACGUCUUAUAGAAUCCGAUUUAUGACUUUAUCUUGUUAUUUGACAGCCCCAUCAACGUGAUGUGACAAACUUGCUCGCUGCAGGAGUCCAGGCGUGCCAUGAUAUGGUCCCUCUAUAUGAACUUUAUCUGCCUACGCCUUUUUAAUUCUUUACCUCUUAGUUCCUUCUCUGGACAAAUGUUGUUUUCUCAAUUCCCUUAAAGCGUUGCCUGUAACAUUCUUAUCAUUUUGUUCAGGUCCCACCUGAUGCUGUUGAACCAUUGUUUAAACAAGUUGUAAACCAGUUUGUGCAUGACCGUUCUCGUCCUGAGGUGCUGCAAUCUGCAUCCUUGUCAGUUACGUUUUUUGAAGGGCAUUUUGCUUUUGGCUGACGUUUUUUGUCUAUUUACUGGCAGGCCAUUGCUGUUGGCUUAAAUGUUGUUCGGGAGAUAUGUAUGCGCAUGCCUUUGGUAUAGCCUCUCUACGAGCUGCAUUCAUACAUGUCAUCUGUGCAAAUCUGGGGUUUUUCAUUUAUUAUUCCUCUACAAUAUCCGUGGCUUUGUUGAAAUGCUGAUCUGUUGGAAUCUUGGAUAGUCACGUUGAAUCAGCAUUUUUCAAUUUUUUUCAGAUUUAUUUUGUUCUUUUAAUGGUAUUUUGUGGGGCGGUUCACUGUAUUGCGCUAAGAUACAACUGAGAAUCUAUCUCUGACAUUGUUCAUGUAGCUUUUUUGUAAAUUUAUCACCAUAAGUGAAGCACUUUCAAUAACAUAAAUGAUUGCUUUUUGUUUUUUCAUAGUUAAUGUCCGAAGAUUUACUUCAAGAUCUUGUGCUGUACAAGAAAUCACAUGAGAAAGCUGUUUCAACAGCAGCUCGUUCCUUGGUCACCUUAUUCAGGGAGGUUAGAUUCGAUAGAUUCAAUCAAUAGUGAAAUUUCCAUUUUUUUUCCAAUUUUAUCGUCUCUCUCUAUUAAUUUUCAACACUGUGCUGUGGUAUGCCUGCAGUUAUGCCCUUCCUUCCUAAUUAAGAAGGACCGUGGGCGUCCCACUGAUCCAAAAGCAAAGCCAAAAGAAUUCGGUGAAGUGACUAUUGCUAGCAAUGUACCUGGAGCGGAGCUCCUGGAGAACGGUGAUGAACCUCUAUCUGGUGAUGAGGACGAGUCUAAUAUCCCUGAUAUCGACGAAUUGGAUGAAGAAAAGAUAGAAGAGAGUGAUUCAGAGGGAGAUGGAGAAGAAAUGGCUUCUGAGGAAGAAGAUAAUGGAGAGGAGGUAGAGAUUGCCAGUGAUAGUGGGGAUGAUAAUGACGACGAUGGCAAAGAUGAGAGUGAUUAUAUGAGUGACAGUGAUGACAGUCCCCCGACAGAUAGUGAUGAUGGUGAUGAUGACAAGGAUGGAGAUGAGGAGACCCAAGUGGGAAAGCCUAAAGGAUUGAAGCGGAAGUUUUCGGACUAUGAAGCACAGCUAGAUGUUGUGGAUCAAAGUCUUCGUACCUUAAAAAGACUGGCAUGUUCAAAGAUGGCACGUGCCUCCUCAGAUAUAAAUGAUGGUAUUCUUUCCAAUGAAGAUUUCCAUCGGAUUAAAGAGUUGAAGGUAGUGAUCGUUACCCACUAUGAGAACAAACCGGAUGUGUUUCCAAACUGGCACUGCAAUUUGAUUUCGUAGAUGAGAUCUUAGCGCCGCAUUUUAGCACCUUAAAAGUGCUCAAUUGAUUUGCUUUUGCUUCAAUUUAUCAGGACAAGCAGCAAGCGAGGUUGGCUUUAACUCGGCAGGGUCUUUUGAAGGAUAGCACCGAUUCCAACUCAUCCUCUUUCAAGAUUCCAUCCUCUGAGUCUCUAAGCACGAAGCGUAUGGACCCAGCCAAACUCGAGGUGGGUUUUAAAUAAUAUGCUUCUUUAGUAUUUUUGAGAUUGAUGGAGUCGGAAAUCUGAUUGGCAGCCAUUUAAAGUAUUUGGCCAUAGCUCUAUACAUUCAGUCAAUUGAGGCUUCUGAACAGGCCUAGGCCGGCCCAAUCUGGAUUACCUGUGCCUGGAUUAACUACCCAUGGUAGAGGGGAGAUGCAUAUUCUGGAAGGGGGCACUGUGAAUGCUUCUUGCUUUCCUGAACAGAAAAUGAUGCCACUUUAGGUUCCGGGAUAAUGUUCUGACCCAACUGUUCUUGUCAUUGUAGAUCAACAUAAAAAGGCGUAUGAGCAAGGAGGAAAGGUUGGCAUUGGUGAAAGCUGGGAGGGAGGACAGAGGGAAGUACCGGGCACGUACAGCUGUGAAACAGAAAAAGGUGCCGAGCAUCACUGUCUCUUUUAAAAUAUGUGCGGGUGGUUCUCUUUCUAUUCUAAAAAAAUGUCCUUAUAUCUUGAUGAAAAUUAAAUGAAGAAUGGCGCUGUUUAAAUGAAAGCUUUACAGACUGAAGUUCUGGUUCUGCUUUAAGCCUAUCUCUCUGUGUCUUCCUCAUAAACUCUUGUCUUCCACUGAGAGGCUUCUGUCCUUGUCAACCUCUCUCUCUCUCUCUCUCUCUCACACACACACACACACAUCUGUUCUCUUCAAAAUGUGCAGUGUAGUGCAGAAGAGAGUAGACUGUUGAAUUAUGAUAUGACAUUUCACAUCUGUUCUGUGUCGUAUGGUUUUCUAAUUUUCCUGUUUUAAUGCUGUUGGAAUCGGUUCUUGAGAGAGUCACUCUUUUGCUAAGAAUCUACUGUACUGGGCUCUCUCCCUCUUGCAGCAAUCUCUCUCUCUAACAACACACACUGGCCGUAAUAUGGCUGAAUUGUCUUGUAAAACACGCAAUCCAGCAAAGUUCCUGUAUUAAUCUGAAUAGGCGCAGAUGAGAGUGAGAUUUUUAUUAUAUGAUAAUAAGGCCUUAUCUUCCAUAUCAUUUACUGAGGAUCUUAGAUUCCAUAUCAUUCUCUUACCCUUUUCUGGUGUGAUCAUUAAUGAAGUAAUAUUAUCUUCUGUACAUCUGAUCCUGGAGACCCAGUUCCUGAAUAAUAAUAUGCUGCCCGCCAUUCAGGCCCUUGUUUGAGGGCUCGAUCUAAUAUCAUUUCCCUAUGUUGAUUCAAUGGGCAGACCGGCGGCCUCAGCAACCGGCAGAAGGAGCACAAGAAGGCCAUGCCGCUUGCUGCCAAGAAAGCCAAGGCGGCCCGUUCUCGGCAGGAGAAGAAGAAGCUGCAGCGCCGGUCCAGUAAACAGUUCAGAGGGAAGAAGGCAUGGAAGUGA